CCGGCAUGUCAUUGAGGCUCGGAGUGGGGAGAGCAGAGCGGACCGGCUGAAGAUUCGGGCCGCUUCACGAUGCGGCGGCUCCGCAGAGCCGAGUUGUUGCUGCUCACCGCCGCCGUCGGGCUCGCCACGCUCCUGUACUGCCUACAGCCCCAGCUGCGGCGCCGGCUGUGGGGAGCCGAGCGGGGAGAGUCCGGGGCAGCCGAUCUCCAGGAGGGGGACUUCCUGGAGGACUCUGAGGAAGAGUUUGGGACCUUCGAUGAGAGGACAUACCUGGAGGCCAAACGCUGGAAGCCUGGUGAAGACCCUUACAAACUGUAUGCCUUCAACCAUCGAGAGAGCGGCCGGGUGCCCAGCAGCAGGGCGAUCAGGGACUCCAGGCACUACAGGUGCUCCAUGCAGCAGUACAGUGCAGAGCUGCCCUCCACAAGUGUCAUCAUCACUUUCCACAACGAGGAGAGGGCCGCACUCCUCAGGACUGUCCGCAGUGUGCUGAACCGGACUCCUGCAUAUCUCAUCCAGGAGAUCAUUCUAGUCGAUGACUUCAGUGAGGAUGAGGCGGACUGCCAGCUGCUGACCAGACUGCCCAAGGUGAAGUGUGUGAGGAACCAACGCCGGGAAGGACUGAUCCGGUCCCGGGUUCGUGGGGCGGAUGCGGCUAAGGCAGAGGUGCUGACCUUUCUGGACAGUCACUGUGAGGUGAACAAGGACUGGCUGCUACCCCUCCUACAGAGAACCAAAGAGGACCCCACCUGUGUGCCCAGCCCCGUCAUAGACAUCAUCAAUAUGGACACCUUCGCUUAUGUGGCAGCUUCGUCUGACCUGCGGGGAGGGUUCGACUGGAAUCUGAGCUUCAAGUGGGAGCAGCUGAGCCCAGAGCUCAGGGCACAGAGAGCAGACCCCAUUGCUCCCAUCCGGACUCCCAUCAUCGCCGGAGGUCUCUUUGUCAUCAACAAGGCCUGGUUCAACCACCUAGGGAAGUACGACACUGUCAUGGACAUCUGGGGCGGAGAGAACUUUGAGAUCUCCUUCAGGGUGUGGAUGUGUGGGGGCUCGCUUGAGAUUAUCCCCUGCAGCCGAGUGGGACAUGUUUUCCGCAAGAGGCACCCCUACGUCUUUCCAGAUGGAAAUGCCAACACUUACAUCAAGAACACUAGGCGGACGGUCGAGGUUUGGAUGGAUGAGUUCAAGCGCUUCUACUAUGCUGCCCGGCCAUCAGCCAAGGGAAAACCCUAUGGAGAUGUGCAGGCCCGACUACAGCUGAGGAAGGAACUGAAAUGUAAAUCAUUCGGGUGGUACUUGGAGAACAUCUACCCAGAACUCAGGAUUCCUGUUGAAGAAGAUUCCCUCCCAGCUGUUAUCCGGCAGAGACAGGAAUGUGUGGGGACGGUCAGAGCAGUGGAUGGGUACCAGCUGACCGUCACACUUCAGCCCUGCAGCCGGACAGUCAGCCAGGAGUGGACUUUCAGUCACAAGCAGCACAUCAUCCAGCGACAGCUUUGUCUCUCCGUGGCCUCCAUGUUCCCAGCAUCGCAGGUCAUUCUCGCAACGUGCAGUGACGAGGACACAAAGCAGCGAUGGCAGAAGACUGGCUCUCGGAUCGAGCACCAGCUGUCUCAUUACUGCCUCGACAGUGAGGUGCUGGGAGGUGCUGAGGACAGCCCGAGGGUCCUGGUCAUCAACCCCUGCGAGGCGGCAGUGCUCAGUCAGCGCUGGGUGGUGGCGUAGAGCCAUGGGCGGGGCAUUUGUGAGCAGCGCUCAGUGAACAUCAGCAUUGGCCUCUGGGGGCAGGAGAUGCAGUGAGGUUCAAACAUGGCCCCCACCCCGUCCCUGGAUUAAAUCUGGAAGGAGGCAGACUACGGACACGGUUGGAGCGAGAACUCAACCCGGACAGUUUGGGAAAAGACUGGAACUCAGCCACGUCAGUUCCUCACAGUUUCCUCUGUAAAAUGGACCUCAGUUUACCACCCGUCUUCUCUGCUCCUGAGAGGGUGGGGUGAGGCCUGCCCUUGACUGUCGCAGAUGUAGCGAAGGUGACCCCCGGGGCAGCUGGGGUGCACACCGAGUAACGAUGGAAGUCUGAGGAGACUGGUGUAAGACUUGCAGAGGAAGUGUGGGGCUGAGAGAGCUGUUGAUGACGAUGCUUCCAUCUCCAGUGGGUUCAGGCGCGGGGUGGGUCUGUUUCGAGAGGUACUGCCAAACACCCAGAGCAUGCUGUUCAUCCGCAGUUUUGGGAGAAAUAUCACAACAAACACGCGAUGGUUUCAGACCAUUCGGAAUGAAGGGGAUCAUCACUCACUCCAAGGGACUGGGCGAUGGGGACUGAAAAAUUGGGGUAAAUGCCAAGAGUGCAGGAAACUCCAGGAGGUGUCUGUGGGAAAAGAAAGAAUCAGCACUUCAAGUAGCAGUCCUUCACAGGAUCCUACAUCUCAGAUUUCCUGGAGAUGGGAGAGUGGCACCGGGAGCCAAGCUGAGGUAGUGACUGACCAGGGAGAGACAGGGUUCUGGGAGACCAGGGCUCCAGGAGCCAAGCUGAGGUAGUGACUGACCAGGGAGAGACAGGGUACAGGGAGACCAGGGCUCCAGGGGACAGGAGCCUUAGAAACAGACAAUCCUGUAUAUUGGAGAAGGGAGGACAUUUGGCGGCCAGUACUGGGAGAGGUGUGGACAUUGGGAGAGGGAUACUGGGGGACCAAUAUUGGGAGAGAUAUAGACAGUGGGGGAACGGAUUCAAAGAGGGACAGACAUUGGAUUACGAACACUCUAUGAGAAGGAUGGAUACUGGGGGAUGAACUCUGAGGUUGGGGUUGCUGGGUGACAGGACAUGGGGUCGGUAUUGGAUGGAGACAGUGGGGGAUGGGCAAGCCUGGCCAUGGUGUCCUGCUGCCUGAUCCGGGGCAAACGGAAGUGUGAGGGGCAGUGGUGUGGGUCGUCGGAACCGAUUGCAGACUGGAUAUACCCUGUCUCUGGUGACAGUAAACUGCGAUGUGACCCCCACCCUCUGUGUCUGCGUCUCUUCUUCAACUCCUCUCCUCUGACACCACCAGGAUAGAUCCACACCCCCCCUCUCCACCAGGAGG